AUGCAUCUCUCCACCGCCCUCCUCUUGGCAUCUACUGCCUCUGCUUUAUUCUUCCCUUCCAUCCCGCGCUCUCUCAGCCUGCUUCAGGUUGAUUCUAUCUUAACUGCUAUGUUCCUGGAUACGUCCACGGGCAAAUGCAGCGAUGAUGCUCGUGCUGCGAUUCGGGAAACUUUCCAUAAUUGCGGAACUUGGAAUAAAGCUCAGGGUAGCACAGGCGGCUAUGAUGGGUCAUUGAUCCUGGCGCCCGAAACUGGCCGAGGCGAGAACAACGGACUUCAGGAUAUCUCCACGAAGCUGCUCGCUUGCACAGAAGCGAAGCCUCAUGCCAUCGUUACAUGCCCUGGUGGACCCCGAAUGAAGACUUAUGUAGGCCGGAAAGGCUUCAGUAACCCGGCGUCUAACGCUCUUCUCCCCAAUUUGAUGCCGUCGACCUCGCUGCCAUACCGGUGCGCAUUCCACCUCGCAGCAACUUCACGUCGACUAGUCCAAGGCCGGCCAGGCGCAGGACAGUACUCCCGGGCGAUGGGACGUGAAGUGCUAGUCGGAGACCCUCCGCCCUCCGUCAACGUAUUCGUCUUGCCGUCGGACACGGCACUGGCCAACCAGACAUCCGUCAGCAAGGAGUUCAAGAUCUUUGUCAACAACGCAGGCGGUAGCAGCAACCUCGCGGACUGCACCAAUUAUCUGCCGUCGUCCACCAACGCGAAGAGGGAAAUGAGUGUCAGGAAGCUUACUCCUGGGUUAUGCUGGUGGAGGUUUGCCCAAUUGGAUCGCUAA